UAGAUCCAGGUUAUAUUCUGAUCUCUGCUCACCUGCUACUAGAUCCAGCCUCAUCUGUACAAAUACAAUAAAGAGUAUUGUGCUAUAAAUAUAAUCAGAUUUCCUCAGUCAUACACACAAAUCUCACCACUGCGGUGAGUCUGCUCAGGUCUAACAGAAAUAACGCCAUGGGCAAAUCAGUUGAGUUUACUCAACAACCGCUGGGUCCAACUUGUCUGCUGAUGCAGUAAAAAAAUCUGAUCAUGACUCAGUCAGGGUCAGGUGGGACAGUGGAACCUUCAAAUCCUUGGCGGCCUCAAUGAUGUUCAGCUAUGAAGCUAAAGCCUGAAAGGGGCAGAACAGUGGUUUAGUGGUUGGUUGCAUUCCAAGCUGAAUGCAGGAGGUUUAUCAGCUGCCUUGGAAAUAAAGCCGCUCAAUUGUCCAUAUGAAUAGUCCUGACACAUAGUAACUCUGACCACAGGCCUCUGAGCCCGAGGGCAAAACGUAUUUCUGAAUAUUGAAGACCAACAGAGAGCGAAUCAACCUGGACAACACGAUCUUUGGAAGUAGAACGGUUCAGUGUAAUGAAUGGCAUUCAAGCGGAAGCCAGUCACUUAAAUUGGCUCCGCCCAGUAAAACUCCCGCCUCCGGUUCUCUAUCAGGUCCGCAGUACGUAUGUAAAUACGCAGUCUGGUCACUGGGUAGUCAUUCGUCUUUUGUGCAGUCGAAGAGAUUAGAAAAUGAGUGGAAGAGGCAAAGGUGGAAAAGGUCUCGGAAAGGGAGGCGCCAAGCGUCACCGCAAGGUGCUCCGCGACAACAUCCAGGGCAUCACCAAGCCCGCCAUCCGCCGUCUGGCUCGCCGCGGCGGUGUCAAGCGUAUUUCUGGUCUGAUCUACGAAGAGACUCGCGGUGUGUUGAAGGUGUUCCUGGAGAACGUGAUCCGCGACGCCGUCACCUACACCGAACACGCCAAGAGAAAGACCGUGACCGCCAUGGACGUGGUGUACGCCCUGAAAAGGCAGGGACGCACCCUGUACGGCUUCGGAAGCUAAAGCGGUUCCGGUCCAACAACCAAAGGCUCUUUUCAGAGCCGCC